UAAUUUUCGCCUAGUCGGCCGGUCGUUCGUCAGACUCCUCCAGUCCGCAUCUCCAGUGAGUUCCAGUCACCGCCGCUCGCCGUCGCUCUGUAGCAGCUCUCUGUCCUCUGCCGGGAGUUCAAGUUGCGACUUGCUCCAGCAGUCCGAUCUCUCUAUUUCCGCUCGCUGAGAAUUUCCCUCUGCUUCCGUGUGCAUUUUGAGCUUACAAAAUUAGGCCGUUGGAGCUUUUGUUUCCAGAACCACUUUUCUCCAAGUGUUUGAGACACAAAUAAGCAACACUUGGUUGAUGGACUUCCCUGAGUGGAUCCGCGAAUUAAUGGAGUCUGAUGAAUGGUUCUUCCGCCAUAGCAUCAAGCUUCUGCUCCUCCUCGCACUACCCGUAUACAUUUCCUGCCGCUUCAUCACCGCCCCUUUCGGAAAGCACGUCCGUCCUGGUUGGGGACCGACCAUCCCCCCACCCCUGGCCUGGUUUGUGAUGGAGAGCCCCACACUCUGGCUUACUCUCCUCCUCUUCCCUUUCGGCAAGAACCAUUCCAACCCGCUUGCCCAGAUCCUCAUAGCUCCAUAUUUGAUUCACUACACGAACAGAACCCUCAUAUACCCGCUCCGGAUUUACCUCACGUCUUAUCGCCUGAAAAGGUCUGCUGCCGGGUUCCCAGUGAGCAUUGCUUUGAUGUCGUUCACUUUCAACAUCCUGAAUGCUUACCUGCAGACCAGAUGGGUUUCUCACUACGCCGGUGAUUACGACGGCGGUGUGCUGUUCUGGUUGCGAUUCAGUGCCGGAUUGGUGGUUUUUGUUUCCGGAAUGACGGCAAACUGUUGGGCGGACAGAGUAUUGCUUGGGCUGAAGAGUGAGGGUGGUGGGUAUAAGAUACCCAGAGGUGGGCUGUUUGAGUAUGUUAGUUGCCCUAAUUACUUUGGGGAGCUUUUGGAGUGGUUUGGGUGGGGGGUGAUGAUGACUUGGUGGUCUUCAGCUGGAUUUGCCUUCUUUCUCUUCACUUUUGCCAACUUAGUUCCCCGGGCAUAUUCCCAUCACAAAUGGUAUCUGCAGAAAUUCAGGGAGGAUUACCCUACGAAAAGGAAGGUUGUCAUUCCUUUUCUCUACUGAUGAGUAUUGGUUUGUUACUGUUAACCCCAUGACAAAGUAAAGGACUUGAAAUUUACCAUGUUUUCUUACUCUUCUCUUUUACAAGGAAACAAGUAUUUGAACUUUGAGUGAAAGAAAGUGCCCAGGGUGAAAGUUUCUUUCGACCCCGAAAUAGAAAAUUUGAAGAAUAUUGGAUUUCAUAAGAACUCCAUUAUUUUAUUUUGUUAACUGAUUCCUUGAAAGUAAACAAGGAAGAUAUGUGUUGCAACAUGAUAGGAAAUCAACACAGUAGUCAUCUUUUUUUGUUUCACUAUUUAUAGUUGGAUUCCUAUCUAAUGAUCCAAGGCGUUUUCCUGGACGUGAAACGUCAUAAUCAUCGUGUUUGCUUGGUGCGUUCUGUUUUGCAUUAAUAUUAUUCAAUCAUAAUAGUGCAUCAGAAUUAUGAUAGACUGAGG